AUGAAUGCUACACUUAUUUUAGUUAACACUACGUUUCUUGGAGGAAAUAUAUCUGUAGGUGUAAAUAGACAGUUAAUUGAGACAAGGAGUGAUAUUGAGAAAUCUUAUGCCAAACAAUUGUCUCAAUGGUCUCGAAAAUGGAACGAAUUCUUGGAUAAAGGUCCUGAAUAUGGUACUACCCAAGCAGCUUGGCGAAGUGUCCUCACAGAAGCAGAUAAACUGUGUGAGCUACACACAGAAGUUGCUGAAAAGUUGAUGACAAAUGUUUACCUUCAGAUCAAACAAUGGAACAAGGAAAAUUACCACAAGACAAUGAUAAACUUUCGAGAAAGCAAAGACAAAGAGGACAACUUCAGAAGGGCUCAAAAACCCUGGAUGAAAAGAUAUCAGAAAGUUAUUCUUGCCAAGAAGGAAUAUCAUGCUUCUUGUAAGCAAGAAAAGAGCACAGCCAACCAGGAAAACAAUGCUAAGGGAGAUCCUUCAAUCCCAGUUGAACAGGUGAAAAAACUUGGAGAAAAACUGCAAAAAUGCCGUACUGAUGUAGAAAAUGCUCGUGAAAAAUAUACAGCUGCAUUACAUGACCUCAACAGUUAUAAUCCAAAAUACAUUGAAGAAAUGACAUUUGUUUUCAAUGAAUGCCAAGAGAUGGAACGAAGACGGUUAAUGUUCUUCAAACAAAUGUUGUUUGGAAUUCACCAUUGUUUGGAUCUUUCACAAGACCAUCGGUUUGCUGAAAUCUACCGGCAAUUUUAUCAGCAAAUCAAUUGUGCAGAUUGUGAGAAGGAUUUGAGAUGGUGGUCCAACAUUUAUGGUGCAGGAAUGUCUAUGAAUUGGCCAGAGUUUGAGGAAUAUUCCCCUGAGCUCCAUAAUAUUACUAAAUCUAAGAAAACCAAUUUUGGUUCCAAUGAAGGUAUCACCAUUACAAGUAUUAAGCAUUCCCGUGACAGUAGCUAUGCUUCAAAUUCUUCUGACCACAUGGUACCUUCCGGUCCCUACAUAAGUGCUGAGACUGCUGACGAUCACUAUGCUGACUCCACAAACACCAAUUCUACUUCUGCUACCACCACUUCUACUACCACCACCACUACUACUACUACUACUACUACUACUUAUGAUGAGGUUAAAGCAGCUGAUGGUAAAAACCCAUUUGGUGAUCCAGAUGGGGAAGAUUGGGAAGAUGAAGACAUGACACUGGUGGAUGAUAACCGACCUGGGGUACCUGUGAGAGCUUUGUAUGAUUAUCAUGAAACUGCUCAAGAUGAGCUCACAUUCAAAGCAGGUGAGCGUUGA